AUGAAGAAAGAGACAUCCGAUGUCAUUUGUCAUUCAUUGAAAAUUUGCCGAACUGAUCCUGGCCAACCAGAAUGUCGAUUGUAUCAGCCCAAGUCAUCGUCACCAUCAUCUAUCUCUCUCGAACAAAGAGGAUUGAAUCUUCGUCAAAACCAUCCAUCACUUCUUCCUUUACUCUCAUCGAAAAUCUGUACUAUUCCAGGUAUUGAUGAAAUCUGUAAAAUUCUUGAACAUGUCUUUCAGAAUCAUGUACCUCUUGUCGAUAUUGAUGGUGAUCGAUUCGGUACGGAAUCAACAUUUCGUGGUAGUUCAUGGCGUGGUAAAGAUUGUAAUGAUUUAUCAUCAAAAAUUCGACCAGGUGCACGUUCUGUAAAAGGUGAUUUUGUUAUUGACCAUAAUUGUAAUGGAAUCUUUGGCAUGGAUUCAUCAACAAAUCGACCAUGGGAAGAUGAAUUAUGUAAUGAUACACAACAAAUAGGUGUUGCCAUAUUAGGUGACUCUGUUUCUGCUCAUUUUCAUAUUCCCGAACAAUGGCUUGAUGCCAGUCAAGCAUCAUCAUCUGUAUUUGAACAUAUGCUGUUUAUUAUUGAGAAUGAACUCGAUUGGCCACAAUUAUCUGGUUCAACAGGUUAUCUCAAUAUCUCUUGGCCGAACAUUGCAGGUGAGCAAAAAAAAACAAUUCGAUAG